CCGAGGAUGCACUGGAAGUUCAGCUAACGAGAUGCAGUCGAUGAAGGGAACUCUGCUACUGCUUACGCUGUGCUUAGGCGCUGGGGGCAUCUGGGCCAAGCCCAGCUCCGCGAUCUUUGAGGAUGUGUGGGGCGAUCUAAAGGAUGGAGGCAACAGCAUUAUCGAAGGACUUAGGGAGGCCACCAAUGAUGGUGCUGCCAUUGGCAAGAAUCUUCUGGACAACCUGAAGAGUACCAACGACAAGUUUUUGGACGAUGUCGGCCAGUUGGGAGAGGAUCUGUCGAACGCAAUCUCUGAGGCGUUGUCGACAGGCCUGAAGGACCUAUCGCAAGACUUAGUUGGCAAUAUAACUGCCUUCAAAGGCGAGAUCGAUGCAGAAAAGAACCUCAUAAAGAGGGGUGCUCUGAAAAAUGGAAUAGCCGCACUGGAAGAACUCAGUUCAGUGGUUGAUGAGCUCAAGUCCGGAGUGUUUAAUAUAAGCCAGAAGCUCGGUGAAAAAGUGCACAUCCAGUUAAACGAAACAUAUAACGAUUUGCUGAGCUGGGGAGAUGAGCAACUGGAUCGCGUGGACAAAGGCACCGACGGAGUCGGUGUGCCACAAGCAAGUCAACUGAUUACUCAGCUCGUUGAUCGCCACGUCCAGAAUCUGAUCAGCAUUGUGGAGGAGCUCGAGGUUAAAAAGAGCCUGUUGGAGCAGAAGUUGAACGACAAAAUCAGCGAAUAUGCCGGCUACGCUAAGGAUUUAAUUGAUGCGAUGAACAGUUGCAGAGGUUUAAGCAUUAUUCGUUGCAGGUCUCGCAUUGAGGAGGCGAUCGAGAAUCUCAGUGAUGCGCGUAAUGAGCUCAAGAUCCUGUUGAAGAAGGGAAACACAUUGCUCGAGGCAGGUGUGUUCGCCAGCGAUUCCAUAGUCGCCCUUAUAAACCAGCUAGCCAAGGAUAAGCGUAAGCUUGAAAAAGACCUGGAUGGUAUCAUCAAAGACAAUCCCACGAGCACGACAACGAGCACAAGUCCAACGGCAUCCGAUGACGCAUCCUCAACGGAAUCAGACGACGCGUCAGACGCGUCCUCCUUUUUCGGCGAUAUACUGUCCAAGCUUGGUGAUGGAAGUAGGAGUCUCUUCGAGAGCAUUUUUAAUGCAACGAAAAACGGCGCAGCACUAGGCAAAGAUAUACUAGACGGACUCGACAAUAAGAAAGCCGCGUUCUUAGCUGAUAUCACUCAAUUGGGAAAGGAUUUGUCGAGUGCAAUCUCCAACUCAUUGAUUACUGGCCUAGCUGACCUAACGACAAACCUGCAGGGCAAUAUUACGGAUCUGGAAGGCAAGAUCAAGGAUGAAAAGAAUCUCAUCAAGAAAAAGGCACUAAACAACGGUCUCGCAGCGCUAAAGCAACUCAAUUCGACGGCUUUCCAGCUACAAUCUGCACUUUCCAACCUAAACAGUAAGCUGGCCGAGGAACUCAACGACCAAGUCCAGGAGGCCAUUGACGACUUAUUGGAAUGGAAAAAACAGCAGCUGGAACGUGUUAACAAUGCAACCGAUGGAGCUGGCCUGCCGCUGGCGACCGGUCUCAUCAAGCUGCUAAUCCAACGCCACACCCAGAAUCUGUUCAGCACCCUGCGUAAUUUCGAGCUCCUGAAAAGUCAGUUUGAGAAACAGGUCAAUGAUAGAAUUAAUGAGUACACCCGAUAUGCCAGGGAACUCAUUGCCAAAAUGAACCAGUGUCUUAUAGGACCCAUCAGUGCACUGCGCUGCCAAGCCAACACAGCGGGGUUGGCCGCGAAGCUGAACAAUGCAAAGAAUGAGCUGCAGAAACUAAUAAGGCAGAGCCAAAAGCUGAUCAAGGCCGGAGUGUACGCCAGUAAAAAUAUUGCCUCCUUGUUGAAGCAGUUGGCCAAGGAUAAGCUGAAAUGCGAAAAGGAUCUGGAUGGAAUCAUUGAGGACAACCCUAGCGAAAACGCAACCGAAGCAUCAACAACGCCUGACGCUGACGACACAACGAUUCCUGCCGAAGACACAACGGAUUCCACGGCCAGCUCAACGCAGUCUGGUGAAGAUAACACGGAUGCUGCUGAGGACACAGCACAACCAACUGCUGACACAACAGAUCCUGCUGCUGACCCAUCGCAGUCCGCUGACGACACAACCGAUGCAGCUGAUAGCUCAACCGAUGCAGCUGAUAGCUCAACUGAUGCAGCUGAUAGCUCAACCGAUGCCGCUGAUAGCUCAACCGAUGCAGCUGAUAGCUCAACUGAUGCAGCUGAUGACACAACCCAGCCCGCUGAUGACUCUACAGAUCCUGCUGAUGACACAACAGAUCCUGCUCAGGACACAACCCAGCCCGCUGAUGACUCAACAGAUCCCUCUGAUGAAUCAACGGAUCCCACGGACUCCAGCACGUAGUCCAUGAAAUAACCAUGGACAGCAGCAAAAUGAAUAGCAAUCCGACGAACUUUAAGCACUGAUGCAAUUCCUUGAAUCAAAGCACUUUAGCGUAAUCCUGGUGGUGGGUCAUUAAAAUCAGCACAAUAAAAUGCCUUUUCUCAAUGCAAAAA